AUGAACGCGGGGGGUCCCUUCCGCGGGCCGCCCGCGGGCGGCUUCCCGGCGCCGCCGCUGCGGUUCGGGCAGGGCGCGGUGUUCGGGCAGGGCGCCGCCGCCGCCGGCCUCCCCUUCGCCUCGGGGCCCGCCGCUGCCUUCGGGUCGCCCUACGGGCUCGGCCAGGCGCCGGCCUUCGCGGCGGCGGGCGGCGGCGGCGGCGGGGCCCCGGCGGCGGGCGGCAACGCGGACUUCAGCUUCAAGCCGCCCACCAACCUGGGGGCCUUCGCGGGGCUGGCGGAGGCGCCGGGCGGCUGCGGCAGGGCCUUCGCGCCGCCCGAGUUCCGCUUCAAAGCGCCCGAGAGCGCCGCCUUCAAGCCGCUGGCGGGCGCCGAGGCGGAGAAGGGCCCGGCCGCCCCCGCCGCCUUCACCUUCUCGCCGCCCUUCGGCUUCGAGCCCGAGGCGGGCCCCGAGGCGGCGGCGGGGCCCUUCUCCUUCCCGCGGCCCGGCGCCGCCGCCCUCGGGCGCCCGGAGGAGAAGGGCCCGCGGCCGCUCUUCGGCGGCGCGGAGGAGGCGGGCGAGGCGGCGCCCAAGGGGCUGAAGCGGAAGGAGGAGCGGGAGCGGGAGCGCUCGCCGCGGCGGGCGGCGGCGGGCGGCGGCGGCGGGCGGGCGGCGGCGCCGCCGGAGAAGCGGGCGGUGCUGCUGAGCCGCCCCCGCGGCGGCGCCCUCUUCGGGCGGACGCUGCGCGACGUGCUGCGCAGCCAGGGCCGCGGCCACCGCGACGACGGCGAGCGGGCCCCCAGCGGGGAGCCGCCGGCAGCCGAGCCCCGGGAGCCGCCCCGCGAAGGUGCGGCUCCCACCACGCCGGGGCAUCGCUCGCGAGCCGGCGAGAGCGUGGACAGCCCGAGAGGGCUCUCGCCCGGUGAGCUCACGGCCAUCCAGUGCAAAAACGUCCCCGAUAACCUUAACGACAGGAGCGUGCUGGAGAAGCACUUCGGCCAGUUCGUCAAAGUCCGGCGUAUCAUGACCCGGCGCAAUAAGAAAAUGGCUGUUCUCCACUUUUUUGAUCACGCUUCUGCUGCUCUUGCCAGAAAAAAGGCCAAAGAGUUGCACAAGGACAUAGUAACAUUUUGGCAAAAGAAGAAGACAAGUCCUGCAAAAAGAGAAUUUUCAUCCAAGGAGAAGAAAGGAGGUGAAGAUGAAGGAAGGCAAAGCAGCGAAGAACAAAACUAUCAGCAUUCCCCUCUUCGGAAACCUUUAAUAAGAUCCUCUGCCAGUGGUGUCCUGCCUGGUAAAAGCUCUCCAGCCAAGAAAUCUGGUCUCCGGAAGGCGCUACAGUUUGAAGCAGAUCUUUUUGAUUCUAGUUCUGAAGGGCAAGGCUCAGAGAACUUGGGAGCUUCCUUGUCAUCUCUCAGUAACCUGAUAGGAUUAGUGGCUGAAACAUCAGAGGAAAGAUACCGUCUUUUGGACCAAAGGGAUAAAAUCAUGCGGCAAGCUCGAGUAAAAAGGACUGAUCUAGGCAAAGCGAAAACUGUUGUUGGCACUUGCCCAGACAUGUGUCCUGAAAAGGAGCGCUACAUGAGGGAGACAAGAAACCAGCUCAGUAUCUUUGAAUUGCUUCUAGGAUCUGACAAGGUAGAUCAUGCAGCAGCAAUCAAGGAAUAUAGCAGGUCUUCAGCAGAUCAGGAGGAACCUUUGCCUCAUGAACUGAGACCCUCUGAGGUGUUAAGUAUGACCAUGGACUAUUUGGUGACAAACAUUAUGGACCAAGGAGAAGGAAAUUACCGAGAAUGGUAUGACUUUGUAUGGAACAGAACUCGUGGAAUAAGAAAGGAUAUAACCCAGCAACAUCUCUGCAAUCCGCUGACAGUGUCUCUGAUUGAAAAGUGCACUCGCUUUCACAUCCACUGUGCUCACCAUUUAUGUGAAGAGCCCAUGUCCUCCUUUGAUGCCAAAAUCAACAAUGAGAACAUGACUAAAUGCCUGCAGAGCUUGAAGGAAAUGUAUCAGGACCUGGCUAACAAGGGGAUUUAUUGCAAGAGUGAAGCAGAGUUCAGAGGUUAUAAUGUUCUGCUGAAUCUCAACAAGGGUGAUAUUCUCAGAGAAGUGCAGCAGUUUCAUCCAGAGGUUAGAAACUCCCCUGAAGUUAGAUUUGCAGUUCAAGCGUUUGCUGCUUUAAACAGCAACAACUUUGUGAGAUUUUUCAAGUUAGUACAAGCAGCUUCCUAUCUGAAUGCCUGUAUCUUACACUGUUACUUCAGCCAGAUUCGCAGAGAUGCUCUCAAGUCUCUCAAUAUUGCUUACACUGUGAGCACCCAAAGAUGUACAGUGUUUCCCUUGGAUCACCUUGUCCGCAUGCUGUUGUUCAAAGACUGUGAGGAAGCAACUGAUUUCAUAAGUUAUUAUGGCCUGAGCGUUUCUGAUGGUGCUUACGUGGAGCUGAAUCGCUCGGCUUUCUUGGAGCCUGAUGGAUUACCCAAACCACGGAAAUCGGUGUUUGUCAGUCAGAAACUGACUGUGUCAGUUGGGCAAGUUGUAAAUGGAGGACCGUUACCUUCAGUGCCUCACCACGUGCCUGUGAGUAGCUUCAAUGGACAGAACAAAUACACUGGUGGUAAUACAACUGUGGACCAAGCUAGUAGCAGCCAGAAAUCCAGUGUGGAUGCUACAGAAGGAAGAAUGGAAAGCAAAGUUGUGGAAUUAGAUGUUGCAGCAGUAAAAGUCCAGCCCACAGCUCAUCUUAUGCCUUCACUGUUACCUCGUCCUCUAAUGCCGCUGCUGCCUCCCGCCCAGACAAUUUCCCAGUCUGUUGGACAACCUGAGCUUCUCCCUUCAAAGCCUCAGCCAGUAUACACAGACACGGACAUUGCUGAGGUGGUGGAUGGGCUUGUACACGACGUCCUCAAAGGAGAGUGCAGAGAAGUCAGCCGAGCGGGAGUGGCUUAUAUGACUGCAGCCAUCUGCAUAUCGGAGGCCACUGUGGAGGAACUUCUGGCUGAAGUGAUGGGGGAGAUGCUCAGACAAGUAGCGGGAAGCAUGCAUAGUGCAGAAAGGGAGCGUGUUAAAGAAGAAAGGCGAAGAGUGGAGGAAGAGAGGCAAAAGAAGGAAAGAGAGCAGUUAAUAAAACAGUUGAGUCAGUUGGUGGGUAUGGAGUUGAUGGAAGAAGUAAUAAAGGAGAGUGUUCAAGAGACAUCAGGCAAUGAAUUAAAGUGUGCCUUAGAAAGAGACCGGAGAGCACGUAUUGCCCGCUGCUCAGAAGAAGUCUGUGCUCAUGUAAUGGACCUCUUUCUGGAAGAUGAGAUUUUCCAGAUUGCUAAGGAAACUCUUCAGGAGCUCCAGUGUUUCUGCAAAUAUCUGCAAAGGUGGAGGGAGGCAGUGGCAGCUCGAACAAAGUUGAAACGUCAAAUGAGGGCGUUUCCGGCUGCUCCCUUUUGCACCGAUCCAAGAAAUAAACUGAAAGCGCUGUGCCCCAGUGCUGAGUGGCCAAUAGCCGUGGACAACUUGGCCAAGAGAAUUGUAAACCUAGGACAUGCGGGAAAACUGGGAGUCUCUUGCACAAGAUUAAAUUGGCUGAGAAACAAGACAGUACAUGAGAUGAAAGUUCAGCACUUCUACCAGCAGUUGUUAAGUGAUUUAGCUUGGACUCCACUGGAUCUCACCUCAUUAAUCACUGAACAUAUUCCAGUUCAGCAAGAACAAUUUGUUUGGAAGGUGCUGUUGGUUUUGCCAGACGAUGAUGAAUACACAGAGGAUGAUCCCAGCAGGGUACUGGUGGAUUGGUUGAAAGCUAAAUUUGUGGGAGGCAGAAGCUGGAAGAAAAACAUUUCACAUGCAGAAGGAAGAAUUCAAACGUUGACAAUACUUAGUUCUCUUGGUGUUCAAGAGAACAGAACCAUUCAUGUCAAUGUGUGUGUAAAGGUGGCACAUGGCACACUGUCUGACUCUGAGCUUGAUAAAGCCGAGAGGCAAAAAGACUUGCUGGGAACCAGCGGGCUUAUUCUUCUUCUGCCCCCUCGAGUUAGGAGUGAAGAUGUUGCAGAAGAUGAUGUUUAUUGGCUUUCAGCUUUGCUUCAAUUGAAACAGUUGCUUCAAGCCAAACCUUUCCAUCCAAUAGUUCCUCUGGUGGUUCUAGUCCCUAGUCAUGAAGAAGAUGCCACAGAGAAAGAAGUAGAAGAAGGUUUGAUGCUGCAGGACUUGAUUUCAGCUCAGCUUAUUUCAGACUACACUGUUGUUGAGCUUCCAGGUUCUAUCAAUGACUUGCAAGGCACCAAAAGGCUCUCUGAAGCUGUCGGGUGGCUGAUUUCCCAGUGUCCAGACUCCCUCGAGCUCUGCAGUCAGACCCUUCAGGAGUAUGUUGAGGAUGGGAUUGAUGGUGAAUUUGGCAAGCGCUUCUAUCAUGACCGGAAGGAGAGGCAUUCAGCUGGUCUGCCAUCUCAGGAGCCAGGGGUCAUUAUAGAGCUGUACAACAGUGUGCUGCAGUUCCUUUCAGAUGUGGCAUCCUCAGAGCAUCUGUGUGACUUGUCUUGGCCUGUUACUGAGUUUUCAGAGCCUGGGGGUAACAAACUGUUACCCCAUCUCCAGUGGAACAUGCCUGAUCACCUGGCCUGGCUGAAGAAAGCUGUUCUUUCCUUCCAGAUUCCGUAUCUUGAUCUGCCUCCGCUGGGUGCUCCUUGGCGUCCUGUUUGCCACAUGGUUUUUCAGUAUGUGUCUCAGAUCGCUAGUUCUUCUCAUACUCAACCACUGAUCCAGUCUCAAGUGGAGAAUCUACUAAGCAGAACUUUCCAAAAGUGGAAAAGCAGGACCUCUGGGAGUUCUGAUGAUGGACCUUCUGUUAAUGAUAUCCCUUGGGAUGAUAUCUUAGUACUUUGCAUUGAUCAUAAACUGAGAGACUGGAAACCACCCAAACUGCCUGUUAUACCAGAAGCGGUAAGUGAAGAUGGCCAGAUUCGUGUAUACUUCUUCAAGGAGCACUUAAAAAACUUCACCCUCCCUUUUUCUUGGGAGCAAGCCAGACUGCGCACCCAGAAGGAGAUCCAGCAGGACCAUGGGAGGUCAAGAGUGAAGUCUCCCAUCUCUUUUAAGAAACCCCACAGUGUCUCCAUCACACCAGCUCAAUAUGGCACUGGCAUGAGUGUGCUGUCAAGUCAGGAAAGGAGCAUCCCCAGUGCCGCUGAACUCACGGACACGGUCGCAGCCCUCAAGCUCCUCCCAGAGCGUCUGUUGACCCAGCUGCAACUGGAGAAAAAAGAGAGCAGGAGGUUUGAAGAACAGUUGCAUCAAUGCCUAGCUGAGGACACUGAGCCCCUUGGUGACAUUAUGGGUCCCCCUCUUUACCUCCCCCAGUCUCUGGUCUCCACCCCACCUGUCACAUAUCCGUUGAUGAAGAGUCCCAUGUCAUCUGCUCAAGAGGCUGGGAGUCAAGUGGGAUGCGAGCUUGUGGUGGAGGACCUAAGCCCAGCGCUGUCAGACAGACUGAAACGCUUGCAAAGGCUACUCAGAGCUAACAAAGAGGGUGAGGUUGCCUCUGAGCUCCACCUCUCUGCUCUGGUGGACAUGGUGGAUAUUUGAGCACGGUUGAGGUACAUGUGCAGACCAAGAGACUUCAUAAGGAAAUUCAGACAAUUCACCUGCCAAAGUACUGAGGCUUGCUCAGAAAAUAAGUAAAUAAAAGCAGCUGUCCUUGCAGAAGAACACAGAGCAAAUAUGGGUCCUGGGCUGUUCUUGUGUGGUUGUCUUGCACAGAGAGGGUGUCCAAACUACAGUUUGGCUGGUCUAGCAUUCCUUCCUAUUAAGCUGUUCUAUUUUACAGACGUGGAGAAGAGUCAAAUCCUGUUCUUUGGAAAGCCCAUGACUGACUUUUUUUAACCAACUCUCAGUUGGUGACCAGGUGAAGAGAGGCAAUGAACUGGUUGGCGGAUUAAAUCUUUAGUUAUACCUUGCAGCUCUGAGCAGAGUAGAUGCAGGGUCAAAGCCUCCAGUAUACUCCUUGCACCUCAUUUUUGUGUGUUCUCUGCCCCUCACAACACUAUUAAACCCCAAGGCAUGCAUGCAGAGAGCUGAUGUUGGGACCAAAUUUGAGUUUCUGUUGAAAUUCAGAUUGGAAAAUUACUACGAGGAGAAGCAAACGGAGAAUCUUUGUCGUAAGCACAUGGCUAAACAUAGCUUUGCCAGAAGAAAACAAGAAGGUAGUGAGUGUAUCUGGGAAUACAGCAGUCGGCCUGCAUGGUCACAGUCCUAGGGAUGUUGUCCCAACUCUGUACAUGCUUAAAGCAGAAGUUAUCUUCCUGCAGCACCUUGGAUUUUAGUUGUUUUUGAUGCUCAGGAAAUACUUGAUUCUGUCAUUCUCCAAUAUUAUAAAAUAUGGCGAAGUAUUAUAAUAUAAUUAUGGUCCCUGCAAAACUCAAAGGAUUUUUGUUCUGCUUGGCCCAAGUUUUAAUGUCUCAAAUGAACAUUCAACAUAAUAAGCAACUGAUCUGUUUAUUCUGCUUCUCAUCCUCAUGCCGAAAAGCAGGGUGUCUUCAAUAAAGCUCGUAGGGAGGAAUGAUGGAGCAUUGACUCUCUCUUCCAAGAGCAGACUAUCUACCUUCUUCAGCUUUUAAGAGGCUGCAGCUUUGAAAAUUGGAGACCUUUAAUACUGAGUCCCAGGAAAGAGUGUGCACAUGUAUUGCAUGCCUGCAGUACUGGAGAAGAAGUGUAGGGCUUGGUUGUUGUUUGUUGGGUUUGAUUUUAGUUUUUUCCUGGUAGAUCACCAGAUCCUUCUGCAGCAGAAAAUUCCACCUGAUAAAAAUGAUUGCCUGCCACUCAGAGAUCAGUUCUCUGAGCUUGUACCGUUUUACUUAGAAUUCCCAGUCGUCCAAAAUUGCAUGUCAGCCCCCUUCCAAAAGGAAUGGUUUCAUGCUUCUUUGUUUUAAAAUAGUAUUUGUGUUAAUUCUCUUAAAAAUAGAAUGGCCAAUAAGAAAAUAAGAAGUUUGGACUGAAGAACUUGUGCUUGGAGGCUGUUCAUACUAGUAAAGUUUGGGGAUGCUGGCUUGAGCUGUGUGAAAUGCUGCACGUUUUAGUAGCGGGUAAAACUGCCGCGCUUCACCCCAGUGCUGCUGCCGACCUCCUCCGUUUACCCCAAAUUCAACCGUAAACGUAAACAAGGCUGAAGUAGCUCUGGGACGCAUUUCACACCACUGUGUUGUCUGCUGUAAACAUCUUCUCUGUGUCUAAUAAAUUUGUAGCUGCUCCC